AUGGGUAUCGAGAACAUCUGCGAACUGGCAGCCCGUCUUCUCUUCUCGGCCGUAGAAUGGGCCAGGAACAUACCAUUUUUCCCAGAACUCCAGGUAACAGAUCAGGUGGCCCUGCUCAGACUAGGCUGGUCUGAGCUGUUUGUUCUCAACGCAGCUCAGUGUUCAAUGCCUCUUCACGUAGCACCGUUGCUAGCCGCUGCCGGACUUCACGCCAGUCCUAUGGCGGCCGAGAGGGUUGUUGCUUUCAUGGACCACAUACGAAUUUUCCAGGAGCAGGUGGAGAAGCUGAAGGCUCUGCAUGUGGAUUCAGCCGAGUAUAGCUGUCUCAAGGCCAUUGCCCUGUUCUCUUCAGAUGCGUGUGGUCUGUCAGACAUGAACCAUAUUGAGAGCAUACAGGAGAAGUCGCAAUGUGCGCUGGAGGAGUAUGUUAGAAGCCAGUACCCGAACCAGCCCACCAGAUUCGGCAAACUGUUGCUACGACUUCCGUCUCUAAGAACAGUCAGUGCACAAGUGAUCGAGCAGCUCUUCUUUGUGCGUCUGGUGGGAAAGACGCCAAUCGAAACCCUGAUCCGUGAUAUGCUUCUCAGUGGUGGAUCUUUCAGUUGGCCCUACAUGGCUAUACAAUGA